UUUUUAGAUUUAAGCUUGAGUUGUGCUUUUCUUUGUCUCUUUGGGAAGAAACUGAGAGAGUAAGUAUAUAUUAUUACCAAAGAUUUAUCUGCUUGUGUUUGGAGAAAUCCUUGUUUUCUUUUGUUUUCUACUGUGUUUUUAGCCUCUUGAAAACUAAUUUUCAAAGCCAUCACUUUUCGGAAUUUAGCUGCAAAAUAUAUUAUAGAAGGAGAGGAAGGAAGAAAUUAUGUCCGGUGAAGCUUUCUUUAUUCCUUCUUCUUCAAUAGGAGGGUUCAUCCAAGACCAAAAUAAUGCAAACCCUAACCCUAAAGAUAAUCCAAAUCCCGUUAAGAAGAAGAGAAAUCUUCCAGGAAACCCUGAUCCAGAUGCAGAAGUUAUUGCUUUAUCCCCCAAAACGCUUAUGGCGACAAACAGAUUCGUCUGCGAAAUAUGCAAGAAAGGUUUCCAAAGAGACCAGAACUUGCAGCUUCAUCGAAGGGGUCAUAAUCUUCCAUGGAAGCUGAGGCAAAGAACCAACAAAGAAGUUCGUAAGAAGGUUUAUAUUUGCCCCGAGAAAACCUGCGUACACCACGAUCCGUCAAGAGCCCUCGGCGACCUCACCGGGAUAAAGAAACAUUACAGCAGGAAACAUGGGGAGAAGAAGUGGAAGUGCGAGAAAUGUUCGAAGAAAUACGCUGUUCAAUCCGACUGGAAAGCUCACUGUAAAACUUGUGGUACUAGAGAGUACAAGUGUGACUGUGGCACACUAUUUUCCAGAAAAGACAGCUUCAUCACUCAUAGAGCGUUUUGUGAUGCUUUAGCUGAAGAAAGUGCAGGGCUUACUUCUGUUGCAGCUACAAGUACAACCCUAAAUUUCAGAAACGACGCUAUGAAUCUUACUCGUGCAUUUUCUGGUUUUCCUCAAGAUUUUCCUGCAGCAGGCUUGUCUGAGAUGGUUCAAAUGGCUCCAGGCAAUCUGUUUGGUUCAUCUUCACACUUUCCUGGAUUCGAAAACAGUGGUGGAACUUCAUCAAAUCACAAUCUUUCCUGUAUAGAAGAAGGUGGAAAUGAAGGCAAUUUAAUGGAAAGUCUCUCGUCUCUAUAUUCCGAUUCUCAAAACAAACAAUCCAAGCUUACUGAUUCUCCAAUGUCGGCGACCGCACUGUUGCAGAAAGCGGCUCAGAUGGGUUCAACGAGAAGCAAUCCAUCGUUCUUCGGGAACAGUUUCGGUGUAAUGAGCAGCUCGUCUUCCUCCUCGCACACGGCCACUAAUUUCAUGGCAUCACCAGGUGAACCGAGUCGAUUAAACAUACACCCUGGUUCUAGUCCGUUCGUUCAUAGCUUGACAAGGGACUUCCUUGGAAUGAACAACGAUCAAUCUGGUCGGUCACUUUUACCCCAAGAACUAGCCAAAUAUGCAUCAAUUGGUUCAACCAUGGGCCUGAGUCAAUUCACCAGCACCAACCACUGAGUUCAUCUACCUUUCAAAUACCCGUACAUGAUUACAGUUCGGUGUAAAAAAGAAAAAGUGGCAAAAAAUUAUACGGUCGUGGUCCUAUAUAUGCAAUAUAACAAUAUAUGUGUACAAAGGGCAAUGCAAAACCCAAACCCCCCAGAAAACAAGCACAGUAACUCGGGCUUGUGAAUGGUCAGUGAAAAGCCCGAGGUGGCCCUGACUCCAUGUUUGAAAUGACUAAACAAUGAGCCAACUCCGAGUCAUGAUGUUCCUCCCUUUGUUGUUUUGCUCCAUGUCUUACCUCUCUUAUCGUUUUUUAUCACUGUUUUAUUAUUAUUAUUUGUUUCCCUUUGCUUAUCCUAAUUAAUUAUAAUAGAUUAGUAUUAA